GGUUGCCGGGGCGCUUCCUUGCUGGGCGGCCGUGCCGUAAAGCGCGCCACACCCCGGUCGCAAAAAGGAGGGGAACGCGGCCGGCACGGAGCCGCCGCGUCGCCUGGUCGCCUAGCAACGGGCCCGGGCCUUGGUUGUCAGUGUCAACGGCGGCGGGCCCGGCUGGUGGCAGCAUGGCCGACCUGCAAGGCGCCAUCGGCGACCACCACCCGCGGGCGGCCGAGGUGACCCAGGCGCUGUCCCGGCACCUGGGCGGCCUGGAGGCGCCGUCCCGCGUGGCGCGGCUGGAGGCGCUGGCGGGCAUCCGGGCGGCGCUGCAGGAGCCGCCGCCGCUGCCGCCGCCGCUGCUGCAGGAGGUCUUCGGCAAGGUGCUGCUGCGGCCGCUGGCGCGCUGCCUGCUGGGAGACCCGGCCGAGCGCUGCCGCGAGCUGGCGCUGGAGCUGACCCGCCACGGCGUGAGCCGCGGGCUCCGCCCGGCCCAGGCGCUGCCCUGCCUGCUGCCCGCCCUGGCCCAGCGCCUCUGCGGGCCCCCCCAGGGCGGCGGCGGGGGCGAGCCCUGCGAGGAGCUCCGCCUGGGCCUGCUGCAGCUGCUGGGCCUGCUGCUGGAGAGCUGCGACGGCCAGGCCCUGGCGCCCUUCCUGCCCGAGGUGGCGCGCCUGCUGCGCGGGGCCCUCCUCGACCCCUUCCCGCAGGCCAAGCUGCAGGGCUGCCGCGCCGUCGCCGCCGCCGCCUGCGCCAUGCCAGAGCAUUUCCACAUGGAGUCGGAAAGCUUGAUCAGUCCCUUAAUGCAGACAAUUUCCCACCAGCACUACAAAGUCCGUGUCGCUGUGAUUCAGGCCACCGGAGCAGUCAUACAGUUUGGCAAUGCAAAAUCUUUGGAUGACGUUCUUUCUCACUUAGCCCAGCGGUGUUUUGAUGACAUCCCACAGGUUAGGGAAGCAGUUAUCAGUGUUGUUGGCGAAUGGCUGCUCAACCUGAGAGAUAGGUACUCUUUCUUUCACAAGUUAAUCCCUUUGCUGCUCAGCGGCCUCACGGAUGAAGUACAUGAGAACAAGGAACUGGCUUUGAGUUAUUGGAAGAAAGUGGGUUUGCAGUGGGAAAAAGAAAAUGAAGAUGAUAUUAAGGAUAAGCUUGAUUUCUUUGCUGUGCCAUCUUAUUAUCCUAAAGGAGUCACGCGGCCAGAACUGGGAUGUCGGGAAUUGGUGGUGAGAAACCUCUUCAAAAUACUCCCGGGUCUCUGCCACGAUAUGACAGACUGGGUCGAAGGCACCCGGAUUAAGGCCUCUCAGCUGCUGAUCAUCUUGCUGCAGCAUGUGGAGGACCACGUCACACAGCACAUGGAGCUCCUUCUUAGGACUCUGUACCACGUGUGCCUGGGUGAUGAAAGCAGCGUCGUGAGGAAUUGCGUGAAAGCAGCAGAGUUGAUCGGAGCCUUCGUCAGCCCUGCGGUCUCUCUGAAGUUGAUUGUGUCAGACCUCGAGAAAGCCCCCAUGCCUUCGUACCUCAUGGUUCUAGCUGCAGUCAUACGAGGUUCCCCAAGAAAGGUCUUGAAGCCUCACUUAACAUACCUGGCCAACACACUCUCCCGGCCGGAAAUAUGUCAGCGAUCUGAAGAGGUCUUUUACAUGGAGCAGCUGCUUUGCUCUGUGGAAGCUCUCAUCGAAGUGUGUCAAGAAGACUGUGCAGAAAUUAGCCUCCAGCUCACCAAGGUUUUGAUAACAAUCAUGGCCAUACCAAGUGCUGGACACCUUCAUGAAAAGUUAGAGGAGGCAACCAAGACCUUGGCUCAGGUGCAGCGCCUGGAUGGUGUUGCUGGCCUGUACAGGCAGCAUAUUGCUCAGCUGAUGGGAUGGGUGUCUUUGGCCCACGACCAGUGGACCUGCUACUCACCUGAACUCCUGCAGUUGGACGUCAUCGCCACCCAUUCAGGCCCUGUGAUAGGUGAAGCUCUCCAUGAUUUUAUUCUCAUUCUUAAAACAUGCCUUCAGACUUCCAAAGAUCCCCAGAUGCGCCUGAAGCUGUUUUCUACUUUCUCGCAAUUGCUUCAGAAACCAAAGGAGACCAUCGACUCUCACGGGCAGUUUUGUAACUACCUUGAGAUGGUGAUAAAAGACAUCCUGGCUCCUAAUCUGCAGUGGCAAGCGGGAAGAACAGCAGCUGCCAUCCGCACGACGGCUGUGGCCUGCCUCUGGGCUCUCAUUUGCAGCGAACUGCUUUCCCCAGAAGAGAUGCUGAAUGUUAAAGAGGUACUGAUGCCGAAAAUAAUUGCCAUGCUGGAUGAAGAUUCCAAAAUGACGCGCUUAAUGUCUUGUCGAAUAAUCUGCAAAUCUUUAGACAGCUGUGGGAAACAGUUUCACUCUGAUGAGCUCAGCAGAAUGUAUCCCGAACUCUUAAAACGUUUGGAUGACGCAUCGCACGAUGUCCGACUAGCAGCUGCUAGUGCCUUUAUCAGCUGGUUCCAAUGUAUAGACAGUGAUGAAAAGAAAGCUCUGUUGAAAACCAACAUUGAGGUUCUCUAUCAGGAACUGUUAAUUCAUCUCGAUGACCCUGACCAAAACAUCCAGUCUGCUGUUUUAGAUAUUUUGAAAGAAGGAGGGAUUCUUUAUCCAGACUUCUUGGCAAAAGAAAUUGAGGCAGUCGUGCACAAACACCGGACUCCAAUCUUCUGUGACCAGCUGAUGCUGCACAUUGAGUCAACGGGCUGGAGAUAUUCUGAAUCCUAACUGGUUGUGGUGCCCUUAGUGGCAAUGCGCGAACUCUGUCUUUAUGUUAGGAAUGGAGCAUUUCCAUUUCUGUCAUAGCAUGCUGACACAUCAAUAAAUUGAUAAUUUGAGCUGAGAAGUCAACAUGUAUCUAAAAGAUAUGUAUUUUUAAACUUUGAUAGGCAACAGUUUUUAACUUUUUACAGAAAACGUUUGACUGACAAAUGUGUGAAUAGGAAUACUCUUGGUUAAUUUGUUCUACAAUAUUUAUUGCUGCAAGUCCUGCACACUGUGAAACUUGGACCCCAAAACUGCAUUGCAAGAGAUCACCCAGAUAGGCGUGGAAUAUCUAUCUGUCACAGAAUUAGGGAUAUCCCUUUUUAGGGACACUUGUUGAUAAUUCAAAAGACAUACCAAGCAAAAUUCAAACUUCUCCUGUGGCUUUGGUAUUUCUUUGAAAGUAUUGCUGAUGACAGUGUUCUUGGACAGAAAGCACUUCAGACCCUGAGCCUAGUAUCCAGAAUUCCCAGCAUGUGGACAUGGUUGUUAGCCAACUACUUCACAAUAGGAAGAAACCAACAAGAACUGCCAGUCUCUGUAGCCCUUUAGAGUUACAAUAAGGAAUAAUCUACUCUCCUGAGCAAAUAUUGUCAUACUGCAUUAGAUUGUGAUGGCCUGAAAGUGCUAUUGAUAUAUGCAAUGUUAUUUGGGAAGUUUUUAUCCAGUGAUGGGGAUUCAAGAAGGAAUUUAUUACAGAUGAGGAAGAAUUAGUAUUUCUUUCUUAUUGAUGACUGGCUUGCUGCAAAUCUUUGUUUUUCACAACUUGGUGCCUUGUAAAAUUAACCAUUUCCCCCCUUAGUUGUACUCUAGCUGUUUGCACUCUUAUUUUUGGUAACAAUGUUCAGUUUUGAUAUGCUUGUUUUCCAUUUGGUUUAUCAAUAUAUACCUAUUUUUAUUGAAA